UUAUACACUCUGCAGAAAGACCCGUCUUUAUUGUCGUGCUCCUCCUCCUGCUCCUCCUCCUCCUGCUUCUCCUGCUCCUCCUCGCCGGUGUUAGCGGCAGCAGGAUCAGGAUGUGUGGCUGUGUUCUGGUGUAGGAUGGAUCCGGACUGCGGUGUGUGGUGUUCAGGGAGUUUCCUGUCACUGAGUGAACAGGAGCAGAGCUUUUACUCAGGGUUACACGGACUGUGUCAGAGUCACACUGUUACUGCUGCUCCUCCUGCUGCUCCUGCUGCUCCUCACCUUCAUCAUCCUCUUCCUCCUGCUCCCGCUCCUGCUGCAGAAAACACCGGGAACCUGUCGUCUGUGAAGGUGGCGGAGCUGUUUAAGGCAUCCGGUCUUCAUCCUGAGCUUCUGCACAGAGUGACUGAGGUGUGUGGCGCGAGGCAGCUGGGUUACUUUGGUACGCCUCAGUUCUACGUGGCUCUGAAGCUGCUCGCCGCCGCUCAGGCAGGUUUGCCUGUUCGCCUGGACAGUGUCACAGCCACCAAUCUACCUCUGCCCAGAUUUGUGGGGAUGAAGAAUGAAGCAGAGAUGAGAUACUCGUCCCUGCCUCUCGGUGUAGAAGCUCAGUGUGGAUCAGUGUCGUGGACUCUGGCUGACAGAAGCAGCUUCAGACGCCUGGAGGCCACUGUGGAGAAGAAGGAACCCUGGUCUCCACCUGGAUCACCACACACUUCCCCACCUAUCUCUCCAGCGACGUAUCGCAGCUACUCGUGCGUCAAACAGAAAAAUGGAGCCGACUCACAAAUCAUCUAUGAAGGGACGCAGACAAAAUGGCCGCUGGCUCAGCUGGAGCCGCACUCCUCCCCCAACAAGUACGCCUCCAAACCCACGGUGGAACAUCCUGUCAUGACCCGGGCGUCUUCAUCAGAGAGGAUAAACCGUCAGGAUGUGGAUGAUUAUUGUGACACUGACCCCUGGAGGAUCACAGAGGAACAGCUCGACUAUUACACCAACCAGUUCAGGAGUCUUCAGCCGGACCUGGGCGCUCUGAUCCUCGGAUCUGUGGCCAAAAACUUCUUCACUAAAUCCAAACUCCCCAUCCCUGAACUGUCACACAUCUGGGAGUUGAGUGACGUGGACAGAGAUGGCGCUCUCACCUUCUCUGAGUUCUGCACGGCGUUUCACCUGAUUGUGGCGAGAAAGAACGGCUACGCUCUGCCGGAGAGUUUACCUGUGACUCUGAGACCUCAACAAGAGGAGGAGGAGGAGGAGCAGGAGGAGCAGGAGGAGGUGAUGAAGAUAAAGGAGGAGGAGGAGGAGAACAUGGCCGACACUCCUGAAAGCACAGAGCCGCUCAUCGUGUUUGAGGACGACGCUGCACCUCGACACAGUCACAUGAGUCGCAGCAGAUUUGAGCCGAGUUUAACAAAACAAUCUUUAAAAGAAGAAUCGUGUCAACAAGAUGAUGAUUUGACGAGAGCGACGACAUCACAGCAGAAACCUAUUCUACCACUCUGUGCUUUUCCUCAGAGACCAGAACCUCCUCAGGAUCUGGACCCACAGAUGAGGACCAGAACCAGGCCAAGGUCUUACUCCAGCACAUCCUUUGAAGACAGUCUGAAGAAAACCGAGGAGCCUCCGACGCCUCCACCACGACCCCAGAAGACCCACUCCAGAGCCUCGUCACUGGACCUCAACAAGCUGCUCCAGCAGGGGGCGCCAGGAGUAAAAAGUGCUGGAUGGUUACUUCCUCCUCCAGCUCUGCCUCCAAGACCGUCGGCCUCUCAGGUUUCUCAUUUCAUCUCUGCCACAGAGAAAAGUGCUCAGAGUUCAGUUCAGCAGCCAAACUUCGCUGACUUCAGUCACUUCAAAGAAGAGGAGGAGAUCAGUGUCAAACCUGACGACCCGUGUCCACCGUCCAGAUUUGGUCCAAGCACUGAGAACUUGACUUCAAAACAGGACGUCGUCGUGGUCGCUGGCUCCUCUCAGGUGCCACAGAAACCAGUUCGCAAGAAGUACCACGCUGAGACUCAGAGCGCAGAGACACUGACGCCGCCCACGGUCCCGCCCACCGCCGCCGCGUCCUUCCCUCACCCGACAAAACCUGCUCAAAAGCAGAAGAGGGAGAUCCAGACGGCGAUCCGGAAGAACAGGGAAACCAACGCGGUGCUGACGCGCCUCAACAGUGAGCUCCAACAACAACUCAAGGUCGUUCACCGGCAGAGAGUCGCUCUGGAGUCGCAGCUGGAUCUGCUGCGACCUCUGACCUCCACAUGACGGAGUCAGGGGUUUGAAUCCCGUCACUGAAGUUCACCCGUGUCUCUGUGUGAGUGACACACAAAAGGGCUGAUGAUCGACACAACAGUUACACACUGAAUGUUCCUUUGUUUGACUUUUAACUGUCGUGUAUUUUUUAAAAUCAUUGAUGUAAAAUAUCUUGUUAACUUAUUUUUCUCCCUGUUCUUUUUGAGUUACUUCACCAGAGAAAACACAUGUAACAUUUUACUGUUAAAAUGAUUCAGGUUCAGGUUUUGUUUUCUGUUUUAAAUGUGGUUGUAUGACGCACUGACGGUCUGUUUGAGCGCCCCCUGCUGCUUUAGACACAGAGGCUCACUCUCAGUGAAAACAUGGCUGCCAAAACAAAAGGAGACUCUACGAUAUCGACGUCACAUGUACAGUCUUUAUCUCACUGUGAGACAGACUUUUCCAACAGGAAAGUGAAGUUUGUAAACCACUCACUCUCCCACACCAAAGUCCAGAGAGAAAAUCAGUGAUUUUAACAUCACACACACACACACACACGAGUUGUUGAUCCACUGCUGCCUCCAUCACUAAGUUCUAAUGUCUGAUUUUAGUGAAUUCGACUUUUGAAAUAAUUUGUUCAUAUUCUCGUCAGUGACACAAAGUGACCACACGAGGCAGCAGAGGACCAGCAGCUCCUGGGUCUCUGUGAGCUAAAAUCACGGAUUUUCUCUCUGGACUUUGGAGAAAAAACAGUUUUCUGUCCACUGAACAAAGCACCCACCUCAUUAAAUUGUCAUCAAUUUAAGUUUAAGAUAUCUCAAGAAAGUGUCACUACCAGGCCACGCCCCCUGCACCGCCCCAUCAGUCUUCCUCCCACCUUUUUCAUUUUACGCCAUGUUGAAUUUAUUCAGGACAAAACCACUAAAACAACUAUGAGACAUUGAAAUAAAACAUUUCUCCAUCGUUGCAACAAUUGAGCAGAAGUUAAGGAGCGGUUUUAUAUUUUAGCGUCAUGUGUUUGGUGAAUUUAAAUCAUAAUUUCACAUUUGUCCCGUUAGGCCUGAGCAGCUGUUUUGUAGCUCAUUAAACGUGAGGUUCUUCUGUUUUGAUGCUGCUGAUGAUUAAAAUGCGAUCACUUGUCUUGUCUUAGGCAUUAUUGUCAUUUAUUUAUUUUUAGCCUAAUGCUCACAUCUGAAAACAACGCCAUGAACCACAACGCAAAAAAAAAUCAAAUCAAAUCAAAUAAAUAAAAAGCACAACGGAUGUUUUCAGGUUUUGUCAGAUUGUUUUAGACCAGUUCACGUGUGAAGAAGAAGAAGAAGUUUGGAUUGAAUCUUCACAGAAACACCUGGUGUUGCUUUUACUGGAUUUAAUGAAUGCAUAUUUUGUUGGUUGUUGCUGAAGAUGAAUGAAUUAAAACGACAUAUUCUGCAUGUUUCCUGCACUGAUGUGAACUCUGCACUGUAACUCAACCUGAAACAGGCACAACUGAUCAAACUAAUCAAUAAAGUUGUCUAUUUUUA